UCUCCUUUUACCGGAAGAACAACGCCUAAGUGUUUUUCUUUCACAUAGGAAGAAUAAUAACUCUUUUUCCACUGGGAUUUUGCUGAGGGAAAAAAAAAAGAGGAAAAACUUUUAGACACGGAACGUUGCACUCCCCCUGCAUCUUGGGUCUGUCCAGAGCCGUGACGAAAGCGGAAAUGGCUGCGGACUGUCAGAGCCUCUUAGAACUGACCAUGGAGGGGUUGUGUCAGCCGCCGCAGGAGGUCGGGUCCGAGGUGACUAAUCAGCUUCUAGAUCUUCAAUGGAAAAUGGGUAUGGCAGUGAGUUCAGACAGUUGCAAAUCUCUUAAGUCUCCUUAUGUUGCAGUGACACUUAAAGUGGCAGAUCAAUCAGGCCAGAUUACAAACAAGUCCUUUGAAAUGACAAUUCCACAAUUUCAGUACUUCUUCAAGCAGUUCAAAGAAAUGGCUGCUGUUAUUGAAACUGUGUAAGAACAGCAUCCCUUUGUUGUCAGUUCCCCAUAACUUUUGUAAGAUGAUGUGUGUCAUUUGAUGUAAAUACAAUUGCAUAAUGAUUAAAUGCUAUUUGUUAAAGGAA